AGUUCGAGCGGUUCGAGCAGUUCGAGUUCGAACAUCAUAUUUCACCGUUUGGCAACACCCCGUGUCGUUCAUUGGUUGUUUUGGCGCUGUUAGGUGAUUUGGUCAUUUAGUGCCAUUUGUUUGGUGCACUGUGGUUUGGGAGUUAUGCCGGCGACCUGCUUGUUUAUGUCGGCUACUAACAACUUUGAGUCCGAUAUGUCCCUUUACCAGCUCGUAUUACACCAACUAGGGCAUGUGGAUUUGCUUCUGAACCUUUGAAGGACGAAUGCACGACUUUGUCAGCUUCGUCUUCAAGCGUGCUGCGCUUUCUGUUCUGGCGUGUGCAUUAAUCGUCUGCUGCGUUCUGAAGUGCACCGGCCCCAAGAUCACCUGUUGGACGGACGUCGCUCUUCAGGAACAAUCCGUGUGCAAGCGCGAGUGCCUUCAGGAGAGCUUCAGUCUCGCCCACAGCGAUGUCUGUCAUCCGAAGCUGUCCUGCCGUGACAUCAGGGAGGACGUCCACGUCCAACGUCUCUUGGCUCGAGGCGUUGUGAAAAACGUUUACCUGGCAGGGUGGAGGGGGCAUGCUGUAGUGCUGUCUAACCUUACGGAGAGCCACCUAGAGGAUGACUUCCAGCACAAUGUGCAGAUGCACAAACUUCUGGGCCACCCUGACUACACUGUUCAAGUGUUGGGGUCCUGCGCCAAUACACUCGUCACCGAGUACCUGCCGCUUGGGUCGGCCGACAAUCUUCAAAGGCUCUUCACUUCUCAGUUAGCCAGGUACGACACAGUUCCUCGGCGCUUCUCCCUCUGCCUCGGAUACGUGGCCAUCUUGCGGCAUUUGCACGCUCACCAGCGCGUCAUGUGCGACUCUAACACACUUGCCAAGACACUGUCUCAGUACCUCGUUCGCGGUGACCUCUCAUUGCGGGUCAAUGACCUGGAUGCCUUGCCCCGAGUGACCCCGGGCAAGCGGGUGACGUGCGGCACUCCCCCGCUGCACGGCGAGCUCCUGGCACCCGAGCAGAGGGGCAAUGUGUCGGAGACGGCUUCAUGCGACUUGAAAUGCGACAUCUGGAAGGUUCCCGACGUCUGCCUCUGGCUGCUAGGAAACACACGCAGUGUAGAGGGCCUCAAGUUUCGCCUGUUUCCUGUGCACCGUGCCUGUAAGGAGCGCGACCCCGAGCGGCGGCCCGAUGCAGAGCUGCUCUGGCAGGAGUACCUCAACGUCUGGGCACGCUGGGAAGCGGACUUAUGACAUUGAGCGUGGCUACUGGUUCGGCCUUUUUUCUUCUGUACAAAUGGGCCCCCCAUACCCUUAUCGGGUGGCACUCAGUUGGUCAAACGACGUUUUAGCGAACGUAGACUUUCCAUCGACAGAGUUUAGCAAAUGCUCGACUGCCGCAAAGCGGCGUUCACAGGUGGGCCAGGGGUUUUAACAUUUUUUUAAUGAGCCGCAGCAGACUGCCGCCGCGAAGCGGCGUGAACGCAGAGGGGCGGGUGACUUAACACACACCCCAGUCAUUUGCUAAAAGGUUGAUUUACUCAAAUAACCGUUCUUCGCUAAAACGUCAUUCGCUCAUGUGGUAUGGACCCAAUUUUGUUUUUUCGAUUAUUUAUUUAUCCAGGUAACGUCAUGUUCUCAAACUUCAGAAAUAAAACGCAAAGAAAAGCACA